GCUACUGGGGCUGGCAGCUGAGUUUGCAUCUCAACAGGGAAGCUCAGUGGCAAACAGGAGUGAAAGUUGCUUCCGGAGAGGCUCCAGAGGCCAAAAUCCGAACCGGAAGAGGCGCCUUCGUUUUCCUUGUUUCACGCCAGCGUCUCGAAGAGCGAGUGAACCUUGGCAAGGUGUUGAAGUACUCCCUCGGCGAGGAGGAGGACUUCAUGGAAGCUUUACCGCUCCCCUUGCAGGACGACGAGUCUGAGAUCUUGAAGCACUGCUGGUGGCGUGUGCUGAAGGGCAAGGUUGGGGAGAAGAGCGCUAUCAUGCAGAUCACCAUGCCGGAGGAGCUCAUUGGCGAGCUGCGGCAGCCGAUGGAGGACCUUCUGCAGAGCUUCCGUCUUGGCGGCUGA